AAAUCCCAAGCCUCUCUCUCUUUCUCUCUCAAAAGAGCUAAAACAAAGCCUCACCCAAACCCUAGAUUAGUCCUAAUUCAGAUCGAUCAAGAUGCCGGCAGAGUCGCGAUUCAGGCUGGAGAGGCAGUUCGACAUCGCCGAGGCCUUUGCUCAGAGGCGCUCUGGCGGCGUCGGCAUUCUCGUCGACGAGCGUCCCGAGCCAGCGGGGACUCCGGUGGCUCAGAGGCCGUUAGGGAUUUGGGCCAGAGGUGGUGUUGUUGCGCCGAGCAGUUUGAGGACUCCAGGGACCGGAAUCGGGCGUGGGCGAAGUGCUUUAGGGACGGUGACUCCCGCCAGAGAGAAUACGCCGCCGGCCGGAGGGUCUAGCCGGAGACGGGGAAGUGGAUCGAACAGUGUGCUACCUUCUUGGUACCCAAGAACCCCUCUCCGUGAUAUAACUGCGAUCACUAGGGCCAUUGAGAGGAGAAGAGCUCGAUUGGCUGAUGAGAAUGGGGAAUCUGGAGAGGGUCAACUUCCUUCCUUGCAACUUCAGGAUGCUCCACCUGAGCAUCAAGUUCUUGCUGCCACUCCUUCAACCAUUAAAAAGAGACCUUGCCCGCCUCCUUCUGUUCUUAAAGUGCACAAAAUUCUGCUAGAGGUUGCCAACCAGCCUGAUGAGGGAGAUUUCUUGACACCACAGAAGAAGUUGUUGAACUCAAUCGACAAAGUUGAGAAGAGGGUGUUGGAAGAACUUCAGAGGCUGAAGAGGACCCCAAGUGCUAAGAAGGCAGAGAGGGAAAGAAAGGUUCGAACCUUAAUGUCAAUGCGUUAAGGAGAGAAGAAGUUUGGAAAAGGAAGACCCUUUACAGAAUAGUUAUCACCUUCUGGUGAUACUUUUAUACACUAUGCAGUGAUGAUUACAAGCACCUUCUGUUGAUAAUGAUGCAGUGAAGCUAUCACCUUCUGGUGAUAAUGAUGCGGUAAAGCUAUCACCCUCUGGUGAAAUUAGGCAGUGAAUAUCACCUUCUGGUUUUAGCCAACUUAUCAUUGCUGAUUGCACUUCACGUCUUGCUGAAAGUGUCUUUACAAUCAGUGUCAUCACUCAUCAGUGCCAAAGUUACUGCUCCAGUUCUUUUUCUGGUUGAAUUAGUUUAGAGUAGUCGUCACUAUGCUUCACCAGAACCAAUUAGUCUAUAUUGUAGUUGAUCAAGUUCUGGGAAUUUGUAUAUAGACGCUGUAGGGCCAUUUAACUCCA